ACAAACCGAAGAAGAAGAAGAAGAAGAAGGAGGAGGCGGAAGAAGAGUUGCGGCUCAUUAGUCAAGUGAAAAGCAAGACAAGCAAUUUAUCAACAAGAGGAGUAUCACGUUUGUUCAGCUUAUCCGUUCUUUUUGUAUACAGUUGUGUAGCGGGCACGAGCAGUUAGUUGCUUUUCCAUUGUUUAUUGUUGCUGUCCACGUCGGUGAGGACUUCUGAAGUGUGUGUGUGUUGAUGUCCCAGAUUUAGUCUAAUUUGCUGGUGGCCUAUUUUGCUGACACAACAAACGUGAGAUGAGCUGAGGGCAGCAGGUAGCAUCUUCGUGACAGACUGGUCAGGCUUUAGCUGAAGUAUCAUGGAGGAUGACUGCAGGCCUCUGCUGAGCUCAGGGCAAAGUGGAGAGAGCUCCAGAGGCUCCAGAGACUCGCUGCUGGACUUCAAGGCUAAAAGACCUUUCCACGUAGAACCCAGGAACAUCGUAGAUGAUGAACCGCAGGAGAGAGUCUCUGCCGAGGCUGCCAUCCUCAGCAGCAGAGUCCAUUACUACAGCAAACUGACGGGCUCGUCUGACAGACUGCUGAGUCCUCCAGACCAUGUAAUCCCUCAACCAGAGGAGAUCUACAUCUACAGCCCACUGGGAACAGCUAUCAAGGUUCAAGGCAGUGACCACUCCUCUAAAAACCCCAGUAUCAUUACCAUAUUUGCUAUAUGGAACACCAUGAUGGGCACAUCUAUACUGAGCAUGCCAUGGGGUAUAAAGCAGGCUGGUUUCACUCUGGGGAUCCUCAUCAUCAUAUUCACAGGCUUGCUGAUGCUCUACUGCUGUUACAUUAUCCUCAAAUCACCAAAGGCAAUACCCAAUGUGGACUCAUCCAGCUGGGAGUUCCCUGAUGUUUGUAGGUUCUACUUUGGCAAGUUUGGCCAGUGGUCCAGCUUGUUCUUCUCAAUGGUGUCACUUAUUGGAGCUAUGGUGAUUUACUGGGUCCUCAUGUCCAACUUCCUCUUCAACAUUGGACAGUUUGUCUACAACUAUGCCCACAGUGUCAACAUGUCAGAUAUAGUGUUUGGAACCAAUGACUCAAAUAAAGUCAUCUGUCCACACCCGAUCGCUGACCCUGGUGGAAACGCUGACCCUGGUGGAAACGCCACCAUCGACACACUGUACCUCGGUGACAGUGGAAAUGCUACUUCUGAUGUGAACUCUUUUGAGCCCUUCUGGAGCCAAACCGAUACCAUUCCCUUCUACCUGAUCAUCCUGCUGCUGCCGCUGCUUUGCUUUCGUUCAGCUUCCUUCUUCGCAAGGUUUACCUUCUUGGGCACCAUAUCAGUGGUCUACCUGAUUGUGCUGGUCACUAUUAAAGCUUCGCAACUCGGUUUCCACCUGGAGUUCCAUUGGUUUAACGCAGCCCAGUUCUAUGUUCCAGAGUUCCGACUGAUCUUCCCUCAGCUGACUGGUGUCCUCACUCUUGCCUUCUUCAUGCACAACUGCAUCAUCACUUUAAUGAAGAACAAUAAGGAGCAGAAGAACAAUGUGCGUGACCUGUCUGUGGCUUAUCUUCUAGUAGGACUGACCUAUAUGUAUGUGGGAGUGUUGAUCUUUGCUGCCUUUCCCACACCACCUCUCUACAAAAGCUGCAUUGAACCAAACUUCUUGGAUAACUUCCCCAGCAAUGACGUGAUGGUGUUUGUGGCUCGGGCCCUCCUGUUGUUCCAGAUGAUCACAGUCUACCCUCUACUAGGAUACAUGGUGCGGGUCCAGAUGAUGGGCCAAAUCUUUGGCAAUCAUUACCCCAGUUUCUUCCACAUUCUGGUACUGAACAUCAUCAUUGUUGGAGCUGGUGUCCUGAUGGCCAAGUUUUAUCCCAAUAUCGGAUCCAUCAUACGGUUUUCUGGAGCAACAUGUGGCUUGGCUUUAGUGUUUGUUUUCCCUGCUUUAGUCCACAUGAUCUCCCUGAGAAGGCAGGGGGUGCUCCGCUGGCCGUCAGCCCUCUUCCACAGUUUCCUGAUCGUUCUGGGCACAGCCAACCUGCUGGCUCAGUUCUUCAUGUAGAGCCAGUCAGACACAGACGCUCUCAGCCAUUCAAGGCAAGAGUGAAAGACUGAUCCCAGACCUUCCCAGCCAAGCUGUACAGACACUGUGAGCUGUGUCGAAACUCUGUGCCUUUACUAACGUCAGCAUUGUGCUGGCAGGCACAUCAGGUUGAUUGAUAUUGAAAUGGAAUUGUCUUAUUAAUCUGUUGUAUGAAAGGUCUGCUUAUAUGUAGAUUCAAACAACAUGUCAAACUUAAAGCUACUAUUAUUGCUGUUGUUUUAUAAUAACUGACAAAUGAUCUGGUGUCUGUGCAAGUGAUGAAUCUACAGAGAAUGUUCAACUAUCUGUGGCUCUCCACUACUUUAUAGAACUUUAUAAUGAGCUUCUGCUCUUUGUAUUGUAUCUGGACCACAUCUUUACUACAGCUGUUUUCAGUGAAAAAGCUCUAAACCCCACUCCAAAUGAACAAUCAUGUUGCGCUGUAAGUUUAAGGUGUGGAAAUGAUAACUGUUUGCUAAGGAGCUCAACACAUGGACCUACCAAGGCAUUAACAGUGGUGUUCACAGCUUGCGGCUGGUGCCCCCAAGUGGCCAGAGAAGUCAGUUCUCAGGUUUGCAUUUGUUCCAUGUGCUUUUCUGAUUGUAUAGAAUUGUGUCCUAUUGAUACCAGGGCAACAUAUAGAGGAUAUAACUGUGAUUUUGAAAACUGUUCAUGUGUUUUGAGGGAAGCCAUGCUUAUUGACUACAUUUUGUAGAAACAUUUGCCACAGCCUGUUUGUUUUAUGAACAGUGUUGACAAAUUUACGGUACACGAUUCUUAUUUUCUAGAUACUGUACCCAGUGUGCUGUAUGUUACUAAUGAUGGGAUAGACAAAGGGAGUACGUUUCUGAAAUAAACUAUAUAACUCUAUAAGAA